CUAUCUCCAAUAUCAACCCUUCCUUUUUCCCUCAAAACUGCACUUUCCUCUAUGCCCUUCCUCCUCACUUUCCUCAUUCGCUUUCUCAGGUCCUUCGGACUAACCUGUGUGACCAUGGACUCAACCCCAAAUGAACCGACAUGGCCACAACUUCUUGGAAGCAACAACUGGGAAGGCCUUCUUGAACCGUUAGACCUCAGCCUCCGGCAACUCAUUCUCCGGUGCGGCGACUUCUGUCAAGCCACCUACGACGCCUUCAACAACGACCAAAACUCCAGAUACUGCGGCAGCAGCCGUUAUGGCAAGAACAACUUCUUCCACAAAGUCAUGCUCGAGUCAGCAUCACAGUACCAAGUCUCCGCCUUCCUCUAUGCCACCGCCCGAGUCAGCGACCACGAAGCCCUCCUCCUCCACUCCCUGUCACGCGAGUCAUGGGACCGCGAGUCUAAUUGGAUCGGAUACAUUGCCGUCACCACUGAUGAACUGAGUCAAGCCUUGGGCCGACGUGAAAUCUACAUCGCAUGGCGUGGGACGACACGGGACUACGAAUGGAUCAAUGUGUUAGGGGCCAAGCUUGACUCUGCGGACUCAUUGUUAAGCCCCAAAACUCUGAAAAAAGCCGGAGAUAAGGCCAGUAGUAGUGACAGUGAUGAAGAUGAUGAGAAUGUGCCCAAAGUCAUGCAGGGUUGGCUUACUAUAUACACAUCAGAGGAUCCAAAAUCAGCAUUUACUAAACUAAGUGCAAGAACACAACUUUUGAACAACGUCAAUGCUUUGUUGAACAAAUACAAGGGUGAGAACCUGAGUAUAACGUUCACUGGGCACAGUCUCGGUGCAAGUCUGUCCGUGUUAUCGGCUUUCGACAUCGCUGAGAACGGUGUUAAGGAUAUUCCGGUAUCGGCUUUUGUGUUCGGCUGUCCACAAGUGGGUAACAAGGCUUUCAAUGAGAGGCUCAAGCAGUUUCCAAACGUCAAAGUGUUGCACAUAAGGAACAAAAUCGAUCUCAUACCGCUCUAUCCGAGUGGGUUAUUGGGCUAUGUGAAUUCGGGGAUUGAGCUUAUGAUUGAUAACCGGAAAUCGCCUAGCUUGAAGGAGUCGAAAAACCCUAGCGACUGGCACAACUUGCAGGCUAUGUUACAUGUUGUGGCGGGUUGGAAUGGAGAUGAUGGAGAGUUUGAGCUGAAGGUGGAGAGGAGUUUGGCUUUGGUGAACAAGUCCAGUGAGAUUCUGAAAGAAGAGUAUUUGAUUCCUGGGUCAUGGUGGGUUGAGAAAAACAAAGGGAUGGUGCGUGACGGAAAUGGGGAGUGGGUUUUGUCGCCACCAGAUGAUGAGGACCUACCUGUCCCUGAAUAUUGACUAUGUGGUAUGGGGGCUGUGUGUGUCUGAGUGGUUGGUGGGUCUUUUUCUUAUCGUCUUUGAAUGGUAUAAAUUGAUUUUCUAUCUUUCAGCUCUGUAGACCUUGUCAUUUCAAGAUCAGUUCAUUGAAUGGAUCACCUGGGUUUGUGAUAGGGAUUUUUUUUUUUUUUUUUUUUUU